AUGCUGAGGCAAAUUGUUCGCCAAAUGAGUACUGCAUCCAACAGAAGUAUCGAGGGUCCCAUUGCGCAAAGUAUUAACCGGAAAGUUCGCGGAAGAUUCCCAGAUCUGCAGCAUUUCGCGCUUUUCAAUGAUUCCUACAAACAUGCUGGCCAUCACGGUAUGGCAGAGGCCGAAAACAAGAUAGAGUCGCAUUUUAGACUCGAAAUUGUAAGCGAUGGGUUCCAGGGCUUGACUUUGCCAAAAAGACACAGAUUAAUUUAUAACUUGCUAGAAGAUGAAUUGCACAGCGGCUUGCACGCGUUACAAUUACAGACAAGAACCAGCUCUGAACAAGCACGAAAACAAUAA